AUGCUUAAGGACAAUCACACUAUGGUGACAGAAUUCAUACUUGUUGGACUUCACAAUCUUCACAGCUAUAGAAUUUUAAUCUUUAUUUUUCUCACCAUAAUGUAUACAGUCACAAUUGCUGGAAAUGUUUUGAUCAUUGUAUUAGUGUCAACAAACCACCAACUUCAAUCUCCCAUGUACAUAUUUCUCAGCCACCUCUCAUUUGCAGAUAUUUUAAUAAGCACUAAUAUUUCUCCUAAUGCUCUUCAAGUAAUAUUACUAGGAAAAAUCACUAUACCUGCUGCAAACUGCUUGACACAGUUGUACUUCUUUGGUGCCUCAGCAAUAAUAGAAUCCUGUCUACUUACAGUGAUGUCUUAUGAUAGAUAUUUGGCUAUAUGUAAACCAUUGCACUAUAGCUCAGUUAUGAAUUAUAGACUUCUUCAAUACCUUGUUAUUUGGUCAUGGACAUCUGGGUUUGUGGUGUCGGGCAUUUCUCAUAUAUUUAUACUCAACUUGAAUUUCUGUAGCAUCAAUGUCAUUGACCAUUUCUUCUGUGACCUUGCUCCUAUCCUUGAACUUUCAUGCUCUGACACGUCAUCUGUGCAAAUUGUAGUAUCUAUUGCAGCUACUUUUAUGAGUCUUUUCCAAUUUGUAUUAGUUAUUAUAACUUAUAUAUGUAUCUUUACCUCCAUCCUUCAGAUCUCUUCUUCCAAAGGAAGACAGAAAGCCUUCUCCACUUGCAGUGCCCAUUUGAUUGUUGUUUGUAUGUUUUAUGGUACUAUGAUUAUUCUAUAUAUUGCACCCUCAAAAGGGUAUUCUGUAAAUUUGAAUAAGAUCUUAUCUGUUCUAAAUACAGUAGUAACUCCAUUAUUUAAUCCUGUUAUAUACACUCUAAGGAACAAAGAUAUUAGGGUAACAUUAAAAAAAAAAUGCAGUUGUGGUAGGUCAUGA